GGAAAGGAUAAAAUACUGUUUUGACUCUUUUAAGUCGCUAAACCCCAACGCUGAAACCCCUCUCUGUCUCUCUCCGGCCGGCCGUCCCUCUCCGGCGUGUUCGUAACCAUUUCCUCUCCUUGCGCUGGCUGUCACUCCGUCAAACAAAUCUCACCGGUGUACACACUUUCCGGCGGUUUCUCUAUCUCCGGCGGCGGAAUCCAUCUCCGGCGAGUUGCUGAUUAGGUGUAAUGGAUUGGGCUUUUGUACAUAAAGUUUGGGAUAAGUGGGCUUCUAACAAUGUUGGGUCUUCGGGUGAGCCAUUGAAAGCUGCUUUGCUAAUUAACUAUGACCCAACUGGACCAUCUCGCUUGCUGUCUAUCAUUGCAGAACAAGAAGGGAUACAAGCCAACCCCAUUGAAUUGAGCCAGUUUGUGGAUUUCAUCAAGCGUAACAAAUUCCAAACAGAGACCUUCAUUAUUGGGGCAAAUCAGUACGUGGUCACGUCGAUUCAUGAGAAUUGGUUCUGUGCAAGGUGCAUGAACACGUCAAAACCUGCUGGUGAAGGUGCUAUUGUGAUGCAAACAACAGCAUUCCUUUUGGUUGCAUUGUAUGAUGGUUCCAUCGGCUCUGCGUCUCGUGCUAUGGCGGGUGUCGAUCAGUUUGCUUGGCAAUUAGGUCGAAGAAAUCUUUAACCCUGGUUCCAACAAAAGUUGUUAGAUUUGAAGAGGUCCAUUUUGGCAUUUGGCAGAGACAGAAGAGAAUAGAAAAGGAGAGCAGAGACAAUUAAACUCUACCUGUCUCACGUUUCUGGAUAUGUAUUUGUAAGGGGUUGCAACAAAAAAGACGUAAAUACCCUUAUUGUGUAAUAGUAAACCCUAACAACUCUCCUUCAAGUUGGUAAAAACAUUGUCUCUCAUUAGAUUUUCGAAUUGGAAGUCUUAACAGUAGCAGAGGGUACAAAA